AUGAUCUCUUCCAUUGGCAAGGCUGUCUUUGUUGCUAUGAUGUUUGCCGAUACUGUUUUGUCUGCGCCGCUAGAUCACUGUUCCAACACCUCCGAUAUUGUCUUGGCCACAACUAAUGUAAGGUAUACCGUCACUGUGAUUCCGAUGAGAGAUCUAGCUCUAAGUAUUCACUCCUCGAAUAUUUGGCAACAAAACCAGGCCACUUCCACUUCAUCUGCAGUCGCUGCUGACUCAAUUCAGUUUGAGAAGCUAGCCUCUGUUUCCGCUUUCAAGGCUAGAGUUUCAUCCGUGCAAGACGCUGCUGAAGGUUCUGGCCACGGCAGCAGUGACUUCAUAGCAGUCCUUGCUCUGAACAUUCUCCUUGCACUGGUGACCUGA